CGGGCUAUCUCCCUUCUACAGACAUUUGAUAAAAUCAGGAACUUCAGAUACGACUCGGGAAGAAGUUCACCUCAGAGCCUAUUACGGCAAACUAUGAAAACUUGUUAGGGUCUUUCUCCAAUACUGAGAUCCAUUGCUGCAAAGGGACUUCACAGAGCCCAAGGGUCUCGCUUUUGUUGUGUCUUUUUUUGUUUGUUCGUUCGUUUGUUUCAUGUGAUUUUUAAAGACAGUUAUUCUGGAUGUUUGAAAACUGAAUUAAGAAAAAUUCACUCAGAAGUUGGCUGAAUGUUGCAAGCUUGCAAAAUGGAAGGAUUUCCCCUCAUUCCCCCUCCCUCUGAAGAUAUGGUACCCUAUGAGUCAGACCUGUACCGACAGCCCCAUGACUAUUACCAGUAUCUCAACAGUGAUGGAGAGAGUCAUGGUGAUCAUUACUGGGAAUAUCAUCCACACCACAUGCACAGUGAGUUUGAGACCUUUGGAGACAACCACUUCACAGAACUGCAGAGUGUACAGCCUCCCCAGCUGCAACAGCUCUACAGGCACAUGGAGAUUGAACAGAUGCAUGUCCUGGAUUCUGCAAUCCCAACCACACACAUUGGGCUCAACCAUCAGGUUUCCUAUUUGCCCCGGAUGUGCCUACCAUACACCUCUCCACUGCAGCCCAGUUCUGAUGAGGAGGACAUAGAAAGGCAGAGCCCCCCUCUGGAGGUAUCAGAUGGGGAGACUGAUGGUGUGGACCCUGCGCCUGGAAUUAUGCAUGGAGAAGCAGGCAGCAAGAAGAAGAUCCGUCUAUACCAGUUCCUUCUGGACCUUCUUCGCAGUGGAGACAUGAAGGACAGCAUCUGGUGGGUGGACAAGGAAAAGGGUACUUUCCAGUUCUCAUCUAAACACAAAGAAGCACUGGCGCAUCGCUGGGGCAUCCAGAAAGGCAAUCGCAAGAAAAUGACUUACCAGAAAAUGGCACGAGCUUUGAGAAACUAUGGCAAGACAGGGGAGGUCAAGAAGGUCAAGAAGAAGUUGACCUAUCAGUUUAGUGGUGAGGUGAUGGGAAGGGGGGUCAGUGAUAGGAAGCAUUAUCCUCACUGAGGCCAUGGGCCCCUGAGCAAGAAAAAUUUUAAGACCUCCUGGCUGGAUACCAGCAGAGGAGAUGGACGCAACUUUCUUUUUGCUUCUUGUGCCCUCCUCUCUAUUUUUAAGGUGCCUUUAUUACCAUCAGAUGUUUCUGGUACGAACCCCCUUCUUCAGCAUCUGAGAAUCCUAAAGAUGGCAGAAUUCUUUGCUUCCAUCCUAGAAGUUGGACAGAGUUGGGAAAUAUAAACCAUGUACAAAUAUAUUAUUGUCAGGAAAUAUUUUUGAUUGUUUUGUAACUAAAGAAUACAGCUGAUGAAGUUUUACCUUCAAAGGUGGUGCUGUGUCACUUACAGUGACACUGCAUGAGCUUACAGCUUUCAAACUAGCAUUAAUACAGGCUCUGCCGCAGCUCUCAAAGCUAGAGAGAAGUUUGCAGAUCUUGAAAUGAUACUUGUUCUUUAAAUAGUAAUAACAUGUACAUAUUUAAUAAAAUUUGAUAUAAUGAAGUCCUAGUGUUUGCAUAAUAAAUGAUUACUUCACAAA